AUGGCACAAGGGAAAUUAAAAGUAAAAACUAAAUUGCCCUCCGGUGCAAAAGUAAAGAAAAACAAAGGAAAGGCGGUAACAAAACGUAGCAAUGCUCCUAUUCCUAGCAAAAGUAAUGCUGUUGAUCGUAAUAAAAUGAAGGCGAAAGUGACGAAAAUGGUAAAUGCAGUGGCUGAACAGCAGCUCCGUGCUCUAGCAACCGAGACGCCGCAAUUAUCAGCAGCUCAAAAACGAGUGGCAGCGGCACCUACUGCUCCAACACCCGCCAAAUAA